UGUUUGUUGCGCUUCAAAGCUGGAAUAUCUCAGUGAAAAUUGCGGAAUAUACAGAAAGUGAAUAAAACCGUUACUAUUUGAAAAUACAAGAGAAAUUGUUCAAAUAAAAACAUUUUGAAAAAAAAUAAAAGUGUGAACAACAAAAAAUAAGUUCAAUAAAAAGUUAUAUAAACCUUGGCAGGUACUAAAAUAAAUAAAAAAAAAAAACAAUAUCUUGCAAAGAACUGUUGAACUAACUGAAAAUUCUCAAGCUGUGUGGUUACACAAAAAGUGUUUUUAAAAAAGCCAAAUCAGCGGCUUAAGGAAAAUAAUCACUAAACUGCUAAAAAUAUUGUGAAAACAACAAAAGCUACAAAUAUUUUUGGCAAACAUGAAAAUGGAUAACUUAACGCCGAAAAAACACAACACACAAUCAACAACUCCUCCCAAAUCUACACCCGUUACAUCAAUGUCUACCCCAAAAAACGCUCCCCCAUCGCCAUACCACGUCGAUAACAAACUCUCAGCGGAGUCUUCGACGACCGACAGCAAAACGCUUAAAGCCAAAUCAUCACGCGAUCUUAAGACAACACGCGGAUUUUUGAGUUGCAUAGGCAAGCACUUGGGUUGUUCCUUCUUGCAACAAAACCCUCGUCAUCUCCCACAAAAGCAACUGCAUUCGUACGGGUACAACAGUCAGGAUGAUUUACCCAGCUCUUCGACAGAUUCAUUCUCACUGAGCUAUGAGCGUGGCUCCCGCAUAGAAUUUCACCUCACCGGUUCAAAUAUUGAUCUGAGUUACAGUGGCGCUGAUAAUCUGGUACAAGAGUCGAAAAACCAAAAACAGCGGAAUCAUCAUCAACAGCAAUCGCAGCAUGCCUCGCGUUACACACUCUCCUCCUCAGCGUACAGUGGCUCAUCAUAUUCGCCUGCUUUCUGUCCAUUUGACGUUGAUUGUUUGGUGGAUGCCUACAACGGUGAUGGUGAUGAUGAAGCGGAUGUAUGUUCUUCGUUCAAAAUGUACCGCCAGCAUCAUUCGUCCGAUGUCAAUGUGGCGCAUAGUUUCAGCUCCGGCCAAAAUACCGAUACGAAUAGCAGCGAUGAGGAUGAUGAGUAUUCAAAUCACAAUGAACGUUGUGAGCAACAACAAAAGCGCAAAUGUAAGCGUGAACAUCACCAGCAACAUCACGGCCAGCAAAAGCAGUCCAGUUCACAUAGGCGUCUACACCUUAGCCGCAUGUCUAUUGCUUCAUCGGUGACACGUAUGUUGAGCCAUUUUAUCAGCAGCCCGUCGAUGAGGUCGUUGUCGUGCAGCAGCACACCGCUACGCUGUUUCAAGGAUGUCAAACCGAAGGAAACCGAUGACGUAGUAAAUUUGAAUGGCAAAAAUAAGAAGCACAGUUUGCCAGAAAUGUUAUCCUCCUCGUCAAGUCGCAGCAGUGGAAAUAGCAGCAGCGGCGACGGUAAUGCCAGUGCUAGCAGCAAUUCCUCCAGCAGUAGCAAAAAUAACAAUAAUCGCAACGGCAGCAGCAGCAGCAGCAGCAGCAAAAAGAAGGAGAAGAAGCAGCAGAGCAUACUGCGACCACCUGUGCAUUAUGUCUACAUGAAGGGCAUGUCCGGUUUGUACUCGCGUGUGCCGCGCUACACUGUCUGUUCACCCUAUGCAAUGCAUUAGAGGGAUAGGGCGGGCGGCGUGCGCAGCAUUGCAACGAAAGCAGUGAAUGUAAACGUGAAACAAAGGAACUUUGAAUCAACGUAGACGUAUCGCAAAAGAGGCUGAUUAUCUAAGUAAUGUAGUAGUUAUAGACACUUGCUUUGGAGAAAACGAAAUGUUUUUCACGAAUACAGUAAAAGACUUGUAAAAGAUAAUUGCAUUAGAUGCACACAUGUACAUAUAUAUAAGCAUGUAUGGCUGUAGUUAUACACGAAGUUAUGCCUAAGUACGUAGCUAUAAGCAGGACAGGAUUCGGAUUUGUUUAAGCUAAAAUCAAAAGUAUUAGAAAAGGCUGUGCCUCGGGUUAAUGGUUAAUGAAAUGUUAUAGAACAUAGUUUGGUUAAUUUGGCAUAAGAAAAAAUUAAGCAAAAAAAAAAUUAUAUAUAAAAAAUAAUAAAUUGAAAAAAUUAAUAUAAAAAUAAAAAGACAUUCAGUGUACGUAGUGAUGGUAGUCAGACUAUUUUAGAUUUAGCAAAUUAAAUGUAAAGCUUAACAAAUUUCUUCCACGUACAUAAAACUGCUUAUUUCCAGAAAUCAAAGUGGUAAAAAAGUAUUUAAAACUCUAUUAAAAAGGCACUAAAAGUUCAAAGUAUCUUCCAAAAUUACAAGGAAAAGUAUUAAACUAUUAAAUAGUUGAAAAACGAAGCUUAUUUAUUUGAUUAUUCUAAAAAAUUUAGAUUCUAUAGAUAGUGUAUGAUAUAAGACAUUUUACUUGUGUACCACAUAUUUUUUUAAUAAAUGCUCUAUUUUGGAAAUAUUACAUAACACACUUGUUUUCUAUGAAUGCUCUGGCACUGGAGCAUCCAUACAUUUAGGGCAACUGGCAACAAAAUCUUCCGCAUAUGAGUACUUAUAAUAUAAAUUUAUGAGCUUAAAAUGAUGGAAAACUAGAAAAGGAUUGCUAGGAAAGCAAAUGGAAAGCACCUAGGAAAGGAUUGCUCACACAAAGCAAGUUAACUAGCGUUACUACAGCUCUGGUUAGAUAUAAUAUUUUUUGCGCCCACUUCUUGUUUGCUGACAAUCCUAAAUGUAUGCUACAGAGUGUUGUAGAAUGCAUGGGAAGAUCAGUAGCUUUUGCUUCUGCGAAAUCCUAAGCAAACAGGGCAGAGAAUUUAAUGUUUUCCCAUCACUUCAAAUAUGUCGUGAGAUGUCUAGCUGCAAG